AUGGAGCAAUUUCAAGUGGGAUUCAGAUUUUCUCCGUCCGAGGAAGAACUCGUCAAUAAUCACCUGAUGAGAAAGGUACUUGGAUACGCUGACAAUUGUCUCAUCCCCGACCUCGAGGAUUUCUAUGCAUGCGAUCCUUGGGAUUUACCGGGAGUGUAUCAAGAAAUAUCGAACGUUCCAUCGGAUGGGAGGGACUGGUACUUCUUGUGCCCUUCGCCUUACCUAGCCCAAAAGAGCGAGCGUGUGAAAAGGAAGACAAGGAGCGGUAAUUGGAAGAUUACAAGCCAAAGGGAUGAUAUCAAAAGCCGAACCACCGGGGUUUUAAUAGGCACGAAAAGGAUUUUGACCUUUUACAGAAGUCGAGUCAAGACUGGAUGGGUCUUGCACGAAUAUCACCUGAAUCCCGAACUUCUCGAUGGAUACUCUUCAACCCUUCAGAUACCGUACAUCCUCUGUCGCUUGAAGAGGAAACCAAGUGAAAGCUUGGAUGUUUCACCAAGCUUUGAAGGAGGUUCAAGUGUAACCGAUGACACUCCGGUUGCUUCUCAACAUGAGUCAACAGAAGACACAGAUCAGGAGUCAUCGUAUCAAGCAGCACUAGGAUCACUCUCCCAAUUGGAGAUGCUCGGCAACCUACCGAACGACUACCCGCAUUACUCUUACCAUCCGCUGCCCCACUUGUACGACAACAGCCAGGGCAAUGAUUUCUAUAAUCCUUGGAGCUGAAGAAUCGCCACUCUUAGCUCUUCGACAUGGUGGCUCUGCAGGAUCUUUGUGUUAAGAGAGUUUUCAUGUACUGUAAGCGUGCUGUAUUUUGUGUGCCUAUGUAUAAUUUGAGUUUGAGAACUACUAUACUGCAUAUUCUGUAAUAGGCUUGCGA